UACCGUACAGUACCCUCCUUCGCCGCUCGGGGGCAGCAGCGCUUGGUCACGUCACUCAAACCGGAAGUGCUUCUUCAUUGACUUUCUGUAAACAAACACGAUGGCGGCGACGGACGGAGGAAUGAAUCGUGAAUCUGAGAAACUGGAGUUCUCUCUGGUCGUUCCCUUCCCGUCUCCCAGAGAAGCCUCCAUCGCUCUGGGCUCUCUGUCUCCGGACCGGGAGCCCAGGAAAGGCGGGAUCAGCAAAGAGCUGACGGUGACGGACAGGACGCUGUCUGUGAAGUGGAGCGCUGACGAGGCUCGGAUCCUCCGGGUCUCUGUGAACUCCUUCCUGGAUAACUUGUCCCUCGUCCUGGAGACCAUGCAGAUGUUUGGCCCCCCCGCCUCACAGUGAUGCCUGACACACACACACACAUCUGGACUGUUUUCAUGCUCCAUGUUGGACACAACUCCAGGAAACAGCUGGAGACUGAGAGGACUGUCUGCAGGAAGCGUCUGGAACCUUAACCUGUGAGACGAUGUUGUUUGAGGAACAUAGGAGGGCAGUGUGGCUGUAGCUCAGUUAGUUUGUACUUGUUUUGUACAAAAAGUAAAUAAAAGGCAGCUGGUCUGAAAGAUACUAUUUGUAUUGGAUCUGAAACCAAAAGUUGUUUAAUCUGUGUUAAUCGAUUGUACAUUUUCAAGCAAAAUCCCAAGUCUUUCAGUUUAACACAAAGAACACAGUUUGUUUUGAUGUCUUCUUUUUUAUGAUCAAAAACAGAGAAAAGCCUUGAAUUUUUUGUUGUUGCUGAAAACAGCUUUUUUUGCGUGAAUAAAGAAACAAGUUGCUGAUUA